AUUUGCAAUACUCCUGCCUCAGUCUCCCAGCAGUGACAGCCUUCUGCUGCCAUGCCCAGCUGGGGACUGUUCUGAUUUGCUCAGGAAGUGAUGAUCAUGAACAGUUGGUGAGGAUGAGGAGUGCGGCUUCACCCUGAGCCUGUUUAUUUGGAAUCACAUAGGGACGCAGGUGUUUUCCUUCUCCGACAGUGCGGUCGGGUCUGUAAAUCACCCACGGCCGGUGUCCACGAGGCCAGCUGUGGGCUGGGCUCAGCAGCCCACGCCCUGCUGCUCAGACUCAGGAGGUGCUGGUGGAGCGGGCGUGGCUGGCUCUGUCUCAGGGACCCUGCAGUGGGCGCCAGCGCUCCCCACUUUGCCUGUCACAGUGACUCGUCCCGUCAGACCCCUGAACAGACACGGUGACCUCAGUGUGAGGGUCACUGCCACAUAGCUUCUCCCACACACAUGCCUGCCCCGCGGGGUGGGGGGCAGCGGCAUCAGUGGGCCGGGCCCACCCGGCUCUUCCCAAGUGACUCCUGCAGCACAUGGAAAACUUGGCUUCCUCCUAGUGACUCAUUGCUCUCUGUGGGAGGAAGCUUAUGACCCACUCUGUUCUCUUCCCUUCCAGAGGGAAUUUGGGAAAGCUGCAAGGGAAGCUUCGUUUCUCUAAGGCGCUUCGGGGUGACAGGCGCUCUGGGUAACAGAGCAGAGCGGUUCGGCCACCAUGAGCUGGAGCUUCCUGACCCGGCUGCUGGAGGAGAUCCACAACCAUUCCACGUUUGUCGGGAAGAUCUGGCUCACGGUGCUCAUCGUCUUCCGCAUCGUCCUGACCGCGGUGGGCGGGGAGUCCAUCUACUACGACGAGCAGAGCAAGUUCGUGUGCAACACGGAGCAGCCGGGCUGCGAGAACGUGUGCUACGACGCCUUCGCGCCGCUGUCGCACGUGCGCUUCUGGGUGUUCCAGAUCAUCCUGGUGGCCACGCCCUCCGUCAUGUACCUGGGCUAUGCCAUCCACAAGAUCGCCAAGAUGGAGCACGGUGAGGCUGACAAGAAGGCGGCUCGGAGCAAGCCCUACGCCAUGCGCUGGAAACAACACCGUGCCCUGGAGGAGACAGAAGAGGACCACGAGGAGGACCCCAUGAUGUACCCAGAAAUGGAGCUGGAAAGUGAGAAAGAGAAUAAAGAGCAGGGCCAGCCAAAGCCCAAGCACGACGGCCGGCGGCGGAUCCGGGAGGACGGGCUCAUGAAGAUCUACGUGCUGCAGCUGCUGGCCAGGACGGUGUUCGAGGUGGGCUUCCUGAUAGGGCAGUACUUCCUGUACGGCUUCCAGGUGCACCCGUUCUACGUGUGCAGCCGGCUGCCGUGCCCGCAUAAGAUCGACUGCUUUAUUUCCAGACCCACUGAGAAGACCAUCUUCCUUCUGAUAAUGUAUGGUGUCACCGGCCUGUGUCUGCUGCUCAACAUCUGGGAGAUGCUUCACCUGGGGUUUGGGACCAUCCGGGACUCGCUGAACAGUAAGCGGAGGGACCUCGAAGAGCCGGGUGCUUACAAUUAUCCUUUCACUUGGAACACGCCGUCCGCUCCCCCUGGCUACAACAUCGCUGUCAAGCCGGAUCACGUCCAGUACACCGAGCUGUCCAACGCGAAGAUAGCCUACCGGCAGAACAAAGCCAACACGGCCCAGGAGCAGCAAUACGGCAGCCGCGAGGAGCCGCUCCCAGCCGAGCUGGAGACGCUGCAGCGCGAGAUCAGGCUGGCUCAGGAGCGCCUGGACCUCGCCAUCCAGGCCUUCCACCACCAGAACAACCCCCCAGCUUCCCGGGACAAGAAGGCCAGGGCCAGCUCCAAAGCCGGCUCCAACAAGAGCAGUGCCAGCAGCAAAUCAGGGGAUGGGAAGACAUCUGUCUGGAUCUGACCUGGGGCCUCUCCCGGCCCAGGCAGCUUGGCUGCUGAGUGACGGCUUCACUACAUGGCCCUGGGAGCAGCGGGCACGGAGCACAGCCUCGGGUCUGUGGGUAGGGCGAGUGGAAGAGGCUUUUGUGUUCCGGGCUGUUCGGGGGCCCCUGCCUCGGGGACCUGGUGUCUUCCGGAUCCAAGGAGAGAUUUAAAUCAUUCUUGUGGAGCAGUUUUGUAUGUACAGUAUUAUGGCACUUUUUUUAAAACAUAAAAACUCUUUUGUAUUUGUACAUUGAACUACUGUAGUUAAUACUUUUUUAUAUUAAAAAAAAAGAAACCCUUAACAAGCAA